GGCGCGCUGCGGGUGACGUCACGGCAGUCGGGCGGGAGCGGGCGGGCAAGAUGGCGGCGGGGCCGAUCUCGGAGCGCAACCAGGAUGCCACGGUGUACGUGGGGGGGUUGGACGAGAAGGUGAGCGAGCCCCUGCUCUGGGAGCUCUUCCUGCAGGCGGGGCCGGUGGUCAACACACACAUGCCCAAGGACCGGGUGACGGGCCAGCACCAAGGCUAUGGAUUUGUGGAAUUCCUCAGCGAGGAGGACGCCGACUACGCCAUCAAGAUCAUGAACAUGAUCAAGUUGUACGGGAAACCCAUCCGGGUCAACAAGGCCUCGGCUCACAACAAAAACCUGGACGUGGGAGCCAACAUCUUCAUCGGCAACUUGGACCCGGAGAUCGACGAGAAGCUCCUCUACGACACCUUCAGCGCUUUCGGGGUCAUCCUGCAGACCCCCAAAAUCAUGAGGGACCCCGACACGGGCAACUCCAAGGGCUACGCCUUCAUCAACUUCGCCAGCUUCGACGCCUCCGACGCGGCCAUCGAGGCCAUGAACGGGCAGUACCUCUGCAACCGCCCCAUCACCGUCUCCUACGCCUUCAAGAAGGAUUCCAAAGGGGAACGCCACGGGUCGGCGGCCGAGAGGCUCCUGGCAGCCCAGAACCCCCUCUCCCAAGCCGACCGACCCCACCAGCUCUUCGCCGACGCGCCGCCUCCGCCGUCCGUCCCCGCACCCGUGGUCGCCGCCUUGGGACCUGGGGUCACCCCUCCAGGUCUCCCUCCACCAGGCUCCUUCCCGCCGCCGGUUCCCCCUCCGGGCGCCAUGCCGCCUGGGAUGCCCCCCGCCAUGCCACCCCCACCCAUGCCACCUGGCGCCGGAGCCCCCGGACCCCCCACGGGGGCUGCACCCACCGGGGGGCACCCCCCGCACCCACACCCCUUCCCCCCGGGGGGGCUGCACCACCCAGGAAUGCCACCCAUGCAGGUCCACCAUGGCCCCCCAGGAAUGGGGCAGCAUCACCCAGGACCCCCGGGUUCGGGGGGACAACCCCCCCCUCGCCCCCCACCCGGAAUGCCCCACCCGGGACCCCCACCCAUGGGGAUGCCACCCCGAGGACCCCACUUCGGGUCACCCAUGGGUCACCCCGGGCCCAUGCCUCACCACGGGAUGCGGGGACCCCCACCCCUGAUGCCUCCUCACGGCUACAGCGGACCCCCCCGUCCCCCCCCCUACGGCUACCAGAGAGUCCCCCUGCCCCCCCGGCCUGCCCAGAGACCCCCCGGGGUGCCCCCCAGGGGCCCUUUGAGGGGUCCCCUGCCCUAAAUAAAAAGCCCCCUCCCCAUUGGGGAUCCCCCCCCCUCUCUCCUCACACAACCAAGAGGAGCAGUCGGUGUCCCCCCCAUCUCCCUUCUCUCUCCCCAUUUUUUAUAACAUUUAUUUGGGUUUUUUCUCCUUUUUCUUCACCUCCCCUCUCCCUUUCCUCUUUCUCUCCAUUUUUUAGUGUUUAUUUGGGGUUAUUUUCCCUCUCCUAUCUCACCCCCCCCUCCCUUUUUCC